CUUUUAAUGAAAUCGGGGGGAGGUGAACAGUUUGUUUCAAAUGUCUGUUCCCAUGAAUAGGAAGCGAAGUUUGUCCCUGUUUAUCGUUUUAUGAGCUACACAAAUACCAACAAAUAAUUUCUGUUAAAAACGUACCAGCUGUCAAUCCUACAACAUUGCGAAUAGCGCGUCAUCGAUAAUCAGAAACAUUUACUGCAGUAACGUAACAGCCAGGCAUGGCACAGUGGGAGAAGCUGAGGCAGCUGGAGUCUGUGUACCUGACACAGGUGGAUGAGCUGUAUGAUGGGGAUGUCUUCCCCAUGGAUGUACGCCACUACCUGGCACACUGGAUAGAGGGUCAAGACUGGGAUCGUGCAGCGCGGGACCAUGAUGUUGCCAUGUUGCUGUUCCAGGUGUUAUUAGAGAACCUGGAUAUCCAGCACAGCCGCUUCGUCCAGGGGGGAGAGUCCUUCCUGCUGCAGCACAACAUACGCCGUUUCAAACAAAGCUUCCAGAGGUACCAAGAGGAGCCUUAUAAUUUGGCCAGCAUCAUCCAGUGGUUUCUGGUGAAAGAGAAGGAGAUCCUGCAGAACGCUGAGCUGGCUGAGCAGGUCCAGCUGCUGCAGGUCCAGCAGGAGCCCAUGGAGACAGACAGCCAGCGGAACAUUGAGCGCAAGAUGACAGACCUUAAGAAUAAAGUUCAGUGCAUGGAACACACAGUGAAAUGUCUGGAGGAACAACAAGAUGAGUUUGAUUUUAAAUACCAGACUCAUAACAUGGAAGGCACCACCAACAAGGCAGAGAAGACGGAACAGAUGAAGGUGCUGCAGGCUCUACUCAACAGACUGGACGCCUCCAGGAAGAGCAUGUUGUCCGGUAUGGGUGUGCUGCUGGACGUUGUAGAGGAGCUGCUGUGUGUGCUUGUGAGGGAAGAGCUAGUGCAGUGGCAAAGGAGGCAGCAGAAGGCCUGCAUUGGAGCCCCAGACAGCACCUGCCUGGACCAGCUGGAGAAGUGGUUUACAACGGAGGCGGAGUGUCUGUUCCAGGUGCGUAAGUUCCUUAAGAAGCUGGAGGAGCUGAUGGUGAAGGUGAGCUAUGAGCACGACCCUGUGAAGAAGCAGAAACCAGUGCUGCAGAAGAGGGUGGACAGCCUCCUCACCAGCCUGCUCAAAAGCGCCUUUGUGGUGGAGACUCAGCCCUCUAUGCCCCAAGGGAAAAGCCCCUUGGUCCUGCGUACCAAUGUCCAGUUCUCAGUCAAGACCAGAUUCCUCGUCAAAUUUCCUGAGCUGAACCAUGCCAUGAAAGUGAACGUGUCUAUGGACAGGGAGGCUCCUAUGGUCAGAGGGUACCGUCGGUUCAAUGUCCUGGGGACCAACAGUAAGGCCCUGAACAUGGCUGAGAGUAUGAGUGGAGGCAUGGUGGCAGACUUCAGACAUCUGACACUGAAGGAGCAGAAAUCUGGAGGAGGGGGCAAGGGGAUCCAUGACCUCUCUCUCAGCGUCACAGAGGAGCUGCACAUCAUCAACUUUAACACGGAGUUCCUUCUGCACGACAUGUCAGUCUCCUUAGAGACGUCCUCUCUCCCUGUGGUCAUCAUCUCCAACUCCAGCCAGCAGCAGAGUGCCUGGGCUUCCAUCCUCUGGUUCAAUAUGCUCUGCCUCGAGCCAAAGAACCUUCUGUUCUUUGCCAACUGUCCCGCGGCUACGUGGCCCCAACUAGGGGAGAUGUUGAGCUGGCAGUUCCUCUCUUCCACCACGCGGGGUCUGGAAUCUAACCAGCUGGACAUGAUCGCACACAAACUCUUUGGAAAGCAGCAAAGUUACGACGCCUGCAACAUCUCAUGGACUAAGUUCAGCAAGGAAAAUGUUCCUAACACUAACUUCACUUUUUGGGUGUGGUUCGAUGGUAUACUUUUUAUGGUGAAGAAUCACUUAGAGAACCUGUGGAAAGAUGGUUCUAUCAUGGGUUUUGUGAGUAAAGGCAAAGAGAAGACCCUCCUGAAGAAGAAACGGAGGGGUACAUUCCUCCUGCGCUUCAGUGAGAGCAUCAGAGAUGGAGGCAUCACCUUCUCCUGGGUGGACUACUCCCCCACCGGUGAGCCUGAUGUGCGCUCGGUGCAGCCCUUCACCAAAGUGGACCUUGGCCAGAUCCCCUUUCAUGAGAUCAUCAGAAACUUCCAGAUCCUGGAGGAGGAGAACGUCCCAGAAAACCCGCUCCUCUUCCUCUACCCUGACACGCCCAAAGUGGAGGCCUUCGGGAAGUACUACACAGAGAAGAGUGGAGCGGAUAGUGAAUACAUUAAGUACAUCAAAACUAAGUUGGUUUUCGUAUCUAAAGAGAACACACUGGAGGCUAAGUCACCUAUGUCUUCUAACACUGAGGAAGGCUCAGGGCCAAUGAACCCAAGAUAUGGUCUGGGUGAAGAGGCCUUCGCAGAGCCCUCCACCUUCCCUCCCUCGGGCCUAUUUGCGGACACUCUUCCCCCAGAGCUGCCCCUGAGUCCUGACCCCAUGUUCUCUGUUGCCAUGGUAGUUCCCGAUGAGGACCUGAAUCCCACCCUCCAGGAGUUCCUCAGUGACCCCAUCAUGUGUUAUUGCGUUGACUUCGUGUCUGACGACACAACCUUCCUUGAGGGGGCUCUACCCGGACUCCCCUUCACUGCCCCUCUGCAGCCCUGUGAAUGACCACACUCACAAUAAUACAAUGUCUAACCAAACUAUAUGACUUGCUACUGUGGAAGCACUUACCCACAACUCAAAGACAACAGCCAUCCAUAUUUAACCAAACUCUGAGGAUGCACAUUAGAACAUAACUUGGUUACAUAGUACAUUCUAUAGUCUACAAAUAUAGGCUACUUUCACCCUGCAUCUGUAACAAAAAAUAUGUUUUAAUAAUAAUUAUUUUAUAGUUGCAAUGCCUUCACACAACUGUAGCUUUAAAAAAAUAAGCUAAUUUAGUGUUUUGAAAAGGUAAUGAAACUUUUGCACUUCUUCCUCUCUUCUCUGUUUGUCUUUUAAUAAUAACAAUCUCAAUGUUUUUGUCCAAAUACCAUAUCUGACACUGGAUAAAAGGUCUGGUUGAGCAAAAACAACUAAAAACUGAGUCAUUGCAUGUCUGCUUACUAGGUAGAAAAGCCCAAAAGCAUUGUAUUAUACAUUGAUAUGAGAAUACUGCUUGUGAGAAAAUGUGACUUUAUAUUACGUGGUACAUUACUUGUCUGACAGAGUUAAGAAUUCUAUUAGGCGUGACUGAGACAUUAUCAACCAGCAUCCAACCCCAGGAUGGUAUGGAGGGACACAUUUUAAGGCGCUACUCCAAAGAGCUGGAGAAGAUGAGUGACUGAGUGAGAUCCAAGUCUUGGGUCCAGUCAGUUUCAUUUUAGGCCAUUUCAGACUGUACCACAUGAAUCAUUGUUUUUAUGCUUUCUGAUUGCUUUUAGAGUGUAGCAUUUCUGGUGACCACUUUAUUUAUGAUAGAGGGAUAAGUCAAUCUAUAUGCUGUGGGUGUACAGUGUUGUCGGGCACAGCAUGGGCUGCAGAAUGUGAUCAUUAAUGAGUGACUUGGUAUGUACCACUAUUUACAGGUCAGGGAAUUAUCUUGAAGUGAAAUAAUCACAGAAAGCCUGUUAUUUUAUAUAAGCCGCAGCAGAGAUAUUGCAAACUUUACUCUGUUCGUUCAGGAUUCACAACUCCGGAAUACAGCGAGGAAAGAUUAACAUGUAUUGGGAAUGGCAUCUAUCAUUUGUAUUUCUUGUUUUAUAGAAUAUUCUGCAGAUAAUGACAUAUUUGUGAUGAUAAAUGGGUUAAAAUAAACUGUUAUUGAGAUGUGA